UCUCUCAACAAAUCUUGGGAGAAGGGGGGUGCUGCAAACGAACGACUACUAGUACAGGAGGUGCGAUUCGCCGCGGGAAGCAAGCAAGCUUCACGCUCACAGAUUUUGACAACUGCUCCAUGCCUCGUGCAAGACGUAUGCUGGAUCAACUCAUUUUUGUUGAACCUUGAGAUUGCAUUGAACGUUUUUGGGUGAACGUACUAUCACCGAAAUUUUAGCGGUCCCAGCAACCAAACUGGAACAGUGCUGAAGUGGACUAACGUUAGCUAUCCGCCGUUAGCGUCCUCUCCCGUCUGCUGAAGUAGCUCUGAUGGCGAAAAACACACUGUCUUCACGGUUUAGAAAGGUGGACAUUGAUGAAUACGACGAGAACAAAUUUGUGGACGACCACGAUGAAGCAGCGGAUCAGCAGGGGCCAGACGCGGUGGAGGUAGACAAUCUCAUAAGGCAAGGGGACAUGAUGACAGCCUUUCACAUCGCCCUGCGAAACCCACCACUCAACACCAAGAACCCAGCAGUCAAGGAGCGGGCCCAGGCGGUGGUGCUGCGAGUGCUGACGUCCUUCAAGAGCAGCGACAUCGAGGCGGCGGUCAAGUCGCUGGACCGGAACGGCGUGGACCUGCUGAUGAAGUACAUCUACAGAGGCUUCGAGAGGCCGUCUGAUAACAGCAGUGCCAUCCUGCUGCAGUGGCACGAAAAGGCCUUUGCGGUCGGAGGCCUGGGGUCCAUCGUGCGAGUUUUGACGGCCCGAAAGACAGUUUGACAGGAGGUACGGAUGUCCUUCGGGCUUGGGGAGAGGGAGGGGGGAGGAACGGAGGGGCGUCACAACAAAGCACUGACCGAAGAACAGAUGACAACACCGUGGUGGUCCGCCCAUGAGAACGUAGAUCAAUCUUUAAUAAACACCACUCUUUUCUUCCUCAAGCUACAAAAAAAUCAAACCAUCAAGCUAUCCUGGAGGCGUAAGGAGAGGGAGAGAAAAAAAAGACACACUACAAGGAAAUAUUUUGAUGGACAUUUGAUAUGUUCAGAGUCGGAAUGCUGUUUCACAAUGUGAAGGUCAAAAGCAGGGGCGGGGGGGGGGAUGUUAUUAUAUACAGCAGUCUCAUAAAUUAUUUGAAGUCAGUUGACAUCCAUCAGCAUAUUGUUUGUUUGUAUGCUUGCUCUGUGUGUUUGGAUGAAAUGAACUGGCUGACAUGAAUACGAAGAGAAAAAAAAAGGCUGUUGGAAAAAGUGGCGGAAAAUAAUGCGAGGUGCGGUGCGGUUAGACAAUAAGGUGGUUCAAACACUGUGUGUGUGUAUGCGGAUAUGAAAAGUGUGUGUUUGUUUGUGUGUGUGUGUGUGGUUAACUAAGUAAAAAGGAAGAAUUAAAAAGCCUGACAGUUGGCGAGUGUAUUUGUAUGUGAUGUCAGAUGAAUUCAGUGUUUAAUGAUCCAAUUUUAUUUUGUUUGUUCUUUUUUUUUUCUUGUCAUUGUCCCUCAUUCUCAUGUUUUGUACAGAGAGAAGUACAUUUAAUAUAAAUUUCUGGAGUUGUAUUUGGA